UGUUCGGCCGGCGCUCAUCGCGAUAGGGAUCUGCAAACUCAAAUGAAUGGCCAGCCAUUCUGGUCGUUCCCACGAAAGUGCACAACCAUUUCAUGCUAUGGAACUCGAGACGCGACAUUGUUUCGUUGAGGAAAUGAUUGGUGGCGCAUUGAACCGUGAAGUAUAAAUCUCGCCGAUAAGCAACACCCUCCACAGUGCCAUAGCUGUGAACAUGUCCCAGCUGCAAGAUCUCACUCGCUGCCUACUCGCGGCCGGCGGUGGUCCUCACCCAGAGGGGAAGGGAUUCGUCCUGCUCUACACCGACCAAUCCUCACUCAUCUCCAAAGUCUGGACAGGCAGCAGCUUUGGUGACCAAGAGCUCAUCGAUACCGAUGUCCGAGCUAAUGCCCCAGCGCCAUACCUCCUCAUGCCGACCACGUGUAUCAUAUUAUCCAUCUCCGAUUCAUCCAAACUUGUCUCGUUCCGUUACGACGUGGAAGAGGAGGAAUGGGUGCCGGAUGACAUUCCAGACCAUGUGGUGCAUGCUGACGGCAAGCUCGCGGCUGCAACCGACGUAGACGGCCACGUAUCUGUCUUCUAUCAAAGCGUAGAGGAGCGCCUCGUCCACCUCGAUGAGGCCUGGAAGCCCACGCUCCUUCCGGUACAGCCUGUCAUCGGUACUCCCCUCACAACACUGCUUUCUGACGACCGCGUGCACGUUUUUUACAUCUCCGCGGGGGAUCGCUGCCUGCACUACAUCGUUCGAGACAGCAGCGGCUGUCGCGUACGUCUUGACAGAACGGAAUGAAGUCUUGCAGGUCGGUGCUGGAGAGGAGGCAUUGCAGUUGGGCGUCGUUGACAAGUCAGGAACGUUCGUUCCUGGAACGAGUGCCGAGUGCUGCAUCAAUCUUUGGUUCUUCAAAUUUGAAUUCAAUGUCACGUUCAAUGUUAGCGUUGCUGUACGGCGGGCUGGUCGCUGCUUCUAACAUGCGUCAGGAGUUGAUGUAAUUAAAAUCAGGACUGUGUUAGACUCAUACCUGUCACUCUCAGUGCUAAUCUCCCUCGCUGCCGUCGUAAAAUGUGCAGAAUA